UUCGUAUUCUGACAAGGGAAAUGAAGGCGGCCUUUGACGCGGUUAUAUGAUACAGGGGAAGUGAUAUCCGGAACACACGUUGUUGUGUAUGUCCAGACUUUCUGCGAUGUAGGAAGAAAAAACAAACUCAUUUCGUUUUCAGAAAAACAUCAAAAUGACGACGAUUUCGAAAUUCGGACGGACAUUGCUGGUCGUUCUAUUUUUACUCUGUGAUUUUAUUUCCGGUCAAAGCUUUCCGAGCGGUUGUGCAUACAGCAGCACCACAGGAAUUCCAGGAAUAUUCACGUGCGACUUUACGACCGUGACGCUUCCUCUAACAUUUAACACCUUCAGUUCCCCUUAUCCCCAGCGUCUCGUUAUCAACAACGUCGACGGACAACUUCCGGCCAGCUCGCCAUCUGCGUCGUUUUCCGGUUUCAGUAGUAUGUCCACUGCCAACUUGGACACCAAUUUUCCCGCCAGUUUAGAGAUCAAAUGCGUUUCUAACGGGAACCUGUUGCUGUUUGCCGGGACUUUCUCGGGGCUGAGCUACAUGCAGGAACUAAAGAUAACAAACUGUAUCUUGUCUGGUGGACUUCCAAAUAACGUCUUCUCCGACUUCGGCGAUCUGGAUUCUCUAAUAAUUGACGGCGGUUCAAUUAACGGUCUUAAUGCCGACAGUCUUUCCGGAUUAAACAUCACUAAACUGUCGAUCCCUAACGCCCUGGGCAUGUUCGCUAUGAUGAACCUUGCCUUGAACACCAAUACAUUCCCCAGCGGCUUCUUCUACCCUCUGAGCAAGGUGAAGGCCAUCAUUCUGGACAACCUCUCCACGUCAUCGGCCAUGUCCCUGCCCACCGAUACCUUCACACAGAACACGAAUGUGGAGACUUUGUCUCUGUCACACAGCAGUCUAACUAGCCUCGAGAACAACGUGCUGUCCAGUUUGGGGGCCCUGAACUACCUCAACCUGACAGGGGUCAAGUGGGCGUGUACCUGUGACUCCCUCUGGAUCCUCAGCACCAUCAGCACGGAGAGCAUCAACGCCAUUGGAGGCCCUGUGUGUGACACACCAUCAGACUAUCAGGACAAAAGAGCGACCACCUAUUACUACAACAUGUGUCCGCAGGAUGACGCCUGCCGGGGAACCCCAGGUAUUGUGGCCUAUAGCACGUGUAUCACCGCCUGGCAGCUAGCCAACUACGCCCUUCUGAUCCUCGUUCUCAUCCUGUCUGCCUUGGGGCUUGGGCUUAUUAUCGGCACGCGCACAAGCCUGCACAGUGCACGUGUGAAGCUCGAGAUGAAGAAGAAAAGUUCAUGGCAGAAGGUGCAAGAAGCCAUGAGAAGAGGAGGCGGCGGCCAGAAACCACCCGCCUCCACCGGUCCACCCAAAAACGCUGGCUGGAUCUAAUGUCUUGACGUUUCUUGUUUUAGGAAUAUUUUUUUGAGAGCAUAAAAAAACAAGUGGCUUUAUUUUAAAUUCUUAGUCAUGUGAAGACUUUAAUGGACAAUACCGUUAAACAUGAGUACUUUUCCCUUCAUACAAUAACGUGCUUCGUCUACAAACCACAAUUUUAUAUUUUCGAUACUUCUUCACAUGGGAUUCGGAGAGGUAUGAAAUGUAUUUUGUGUCAUUCGUUAAACUAAUCUUUAUAUUUAACAAAAAAAGUAUCCAAAUGUUUUUAUAAAGACUAUAUGACUAUAUAGAUUUAAUAAGUAUUGAACACCAUUUCCAUGGUGUAUUACUGUAUGUACAAUUACAAUGUUAUAUGUAUUGGAUUUCUGUUACUUGUAUUUAUGUAAAGUUUAAAUGUUUCAUAAAAUGUUAUUACAGUUAGCUAAAAGCUUGAAUUGUUAGAUAUGUUUAAACGAACAAAAAUUAAUGACACCUAUUAAAGAAAAAGUUUUAAUUUAUAGUGGGUUUUUUUCCUUUAAUUUUUAAUUUCCUUGAAGCCUGUUUUGAGUUUUUAAGGCGAAGUUGGCAUACUACUUUCGAAACCUCAAAACAUUUAACAAAAUUGCAUUUAAAAGCAAUAUUUCAAGAUACGAUUUCAUUCCUAUAAAACUACCCCUCAAAAAUAAAUUUGUUGUUAGCUCAUCUGGAACAAAUGUCUAUGAGCUUAGGUGUCGUCCGUCAACAUUUUUUUUAUUGUGAACCUCUUUUGAAUUAACGAAGAGCCUUAUGCAAGAUCUUUGGCCUGUAGCAUGUUGAAAUAAAGGACCAUCAAGUUUGUUUGAAUAAAAAACCUUGACAUCCUUCGAAGAUUAUUGGGUCCGAUUGUGUUGACAUACUUUAACGCCUUCCUUUGAAUACAAA